CCCCCCCGGGCGGCAGAUGGCGGAGGAGAACCGGCGAGGCGAUGAGGGUGACCGGGGGCCCGGCGCCGUCCACAACAUGUUCGUCAUCAUGGAGGAUCUGCUGGAUAAGUUGAAGCUGAUGGACUACGAGGCCGAUUUUCUCAGGAAGAACAACAUGAAGACUCUGUGCAGACAUUACUUUGCUCUCCCUACCAACCCAGGUGAGCAGUUCUACAUGUUCACAUCUCUUGCUGCUUGGCUGAUAAACAGAACAGGAUGCUACUUUGAACAACCUCAGGAAUAUGACGAUCCCAAUGCAACAAUAUCAGAUAUUUUAACACAACUCCGAGCAUUGGGUGGCUCAGUAGAUUUCCCUCCCUCGAAACUGAAACAAGGUUAUGGGGAACAGGUCUGCUAUGUCCUGGAUCGCUUAGCUGAAGAGGCCCUGAAACGUACUGGUUUUAGUUGGAAGAGACCUGUGUAUCCAGCAGAGGAGAUGGAAGAGGAAGCAAUAAUGGAGGAUGAUUCUGAAUUGACUUUGAACAAGCUGGAGGAUGAACUUGUUGAAGAAGCUGAGGACUGUGAGGAGGGCGAGCCCUUUCUUGAUCUAGAGGUUUUGAAAGCCCAGGGACAGAAAAUGGAUGGAUUGGAGUCUUCAAAGCCAGAAGACAUUUUAGAAUCCAAAACUGAUGUUGGAGAGUGGAACCUGGAGGUGGAACGAGUUCUCCCACAGCUUAAAGUUACCAUCCGGACUGACAACAAGGACUGGCGAAUCCAUGUUGACCAGAUGCACCAGCAUAAAGAGGGAAUUGAAACUUCCCUUAAAGAGACAAAGAGUUACUUGGACAAGCUUAAAGAUGAGAUUGGUCGAACAUUGGAAAAGGUCAGCAGUCGAGAGAAAUACAUCAACAACCAGCUGGAAAAUCUGAUCCAGGAGUAUCGUGCUGCUCAGGCCAAACUCAGCGAGGCCAAGGACCGAUACCAGCAAGGAAGUGGAGGAGUAACCGAACGGACCAAAAUUCUCUCUGAGAUAAGUGAAGACCUCGAAAAAGUGAAACAGGAGAUGGAAGAAAAGGGAAGCAGUAUGACAGAUGGAGCUCCUUUGGUCAAAAUCAAGCAGGCAUUAACAAAACUCAAGCAAGAAAUAACUCAAAUGGAUAUCCGGAUUGGAGUGGUAGAACAUACUUUGCUACAGGCCAAACUCAAAGAGAAAUCAAACAUGACCAGAGACAUGCAUGCCACCAAUAUUCCAGAAAGUACAAUUGGUGGUUAUUGAUGUACAAUUGUACUCUUACAUCCAGUUUAUAAUAUAUGCUGAUGUUUUCUUUCCCCAAUUGGAAAAUUAUUGAACUCUUUAUGUUGUGGCUUUUCUGAGAGUUCAGAAAAUAAGUGCAAGAGAUGAUCCUGUGCAUCUAGAGUGAACCAAACGCUACUCGCCACUAUUAGAUCCCUGCCUACUGAUCAUUACAAUGAAUGUUUCUACAUAUUUGAUGCUGGAAUGGGGGACAGAGCUGUUUAAAUCACUUGGCUGUGCCUUUUUUAAGACCUCACUUGGUACUUUGUUGAUAAAGAUUUUUACACUACAAAACUUAUCAUACAAGGUUGUACUUUAGUUCAACUAUCUUGUUAUAGCCCUUACACCUGUAUAGUUUGGGCACUAUAUUUAUUUUUCAAUGUUACUGGUAAAGCUAUCAAAGCCAAAUAAUGAAUUAUAAAUAGUAUUUCUAAUGUUUUGUAGUAAAAUAUUGAAAAUCUGUUGAAAUGCUGAACACCCAUAUAUUCCAACACACUGGUUGUAUUAGGUGCCUUUGGUAGAAAAAACUCUGUUACAUUUCUAACCAACACAUGCAGAGGUACUGGCAGGCUGCUUGCCUUGAUAUAUUGCUGCUGGUAGCAGAAGUGGCUAGUCAACUUCCUAUUCAAAGUACUCAACAUGUCAAUGCUGGGUAAGUAUCUGAGCGAGCUACAAAGCACUUGAUUGGAUCCAUAGAUGCAAAUUAUUUCACACUGCUCAAGCUUCGCCUUCAUUGUUUAUGUUUCCUCUGAAUAUCUUGAUGGACUUAUUCUCUUAUAAUGGUUUCCCAGAUAUGUUUUCUGUCUACCAUACACAUAUUUUAUAUAUUUUAAACACUGUUUUUAUGUGAACUACUUUUACUACUCCUGUGAAUUGUUCUGAGGCUUACACUAAAAUUGUACAAUGAUGAAAAAUAUUUGUACACAAGAUUUUGUGCAUAAUUUAGAAAUAGAUUUAUGCUGUAUGCAGGAUCGAUAUAUGUAAGCCUUUUUAUAGUUGUAUAUAUUCAAAGCUGUAACUUUAUGUAAAAUAAUAAUUGCAUUUUAUUGAAAUGCUGUCCAAUAAACCCUAUCUUACAUAAAUAAAACAACAUCUUGCUGUCCCACAAA